UAAAGGAAGCGUGGAAAUGUGUUUGUGGACCAAACAUUCAGAAAUUUGGGUACCAUUGUUCUUUCUACUCAGCCUCAUUCCCUUGACUGAGACAGUCAAACCCUCAACCAAGGACAGCAGCAGCACUGGGAGUCAAGGCCAACUGGCAGAAGUACUACAGGUUCUCUCUGCUGGUGACCACCCGCCCCUCAACCACUCACGAAGCCUCAUCAAAACAUUGUUGGAGAAGACGGGGUGCCCCCGGAGGACAAAUGGAAUACGAGGAGAUUGUAACCUGUGUUUUGAACCAGAUGCACUAUUACUAAUAGCUGGAGGAGACUUUGAAGAUCAGCUUAGAGAAGAGGUGGUCCAGAGAGUUUCUCUUCUCCUCCUCUAUUACAUUAUUCACCAGGAAGAGAUCUGUUCUKCAAAGCUCAACAUGAGUAAUAAAGAGUAUAAAUUUUACCUACACAGCCUCCUGAGCCUCAGGAAGGAUGAAGACUCCUAUUUCCUUUCACAGAAUGAGACAGAAGAUAUCUUGGCUUUCACCAGGCAGCACUUUGACACAUCCAGAAGCCAGUGUAUGGGAACUAAAAUGCUACAGAAAAAAUCUGGAAUCCAGAACAGUGACGGUGCGGAUGAACAUACACUUCCCAGAUUGGCAGCGACAAUCAUUGCUUUGUCCCUCCAGGGUGUUUGUCUGGGACGAAGAAACUUGCCAGCCCCAGACUAUUUUACAGAAUAUAUUUUCAGUUUCUUGAAUAGCACGAAUACUCUCCACUUAUCAGAACUAGACCAACUUCUCAAUACUCUCUGGACCAAAACCACCUGUAUCAAAAAGGAUAAAAUCCAUCAACUUCAAAGGAAACAAAACAACAUAACAAUCCAUGAUUGGGGCUACUCUAAUCUAUCUGUGUCUGUGGACAAAGGUUCAGAUGAUGGCCCAGUUUCCUGGGAUCAGAGUUGCUUCUCUGCUCAGCAGCUGGUGGAGAUAUUUCUACAGAAUAGAUUUUCAUCCAUUUCUAAGGAGGACUUUAAGCAGCUGAGUCCAGGGAUCAUCCAACAGCUACUCAGCUGCUCUUGCCACCUGCCCACCGACCAGCCAGCAAAACUUCUACCCACCACGCUGGAGAAAUAUGGCUACAGCACAGUGGCUGUGACACUUCUCACACUGGGCUCCAUGCUUGGGACAGUACUGGUCCUUUUCCACAACUGUGAAGAGAACUACAACCUUAUUUUACAGCUGUUUGUGGGUUUGGCUGUUGGGACACUCUCAGGGGAUGCCCUGCUCCACCUUAUCCCUCAGGUUCUUGGUUUAGAUAGGCAGGAAGAUGCUGAGUUUGGACAUUAUUUUCAUGAAAGCAAAGGUCAUAUUUGGAAACUGUUGGGUCUAAUUGGAGGUAUCCAUGGAUUUUUCUUGAUAGAAAAAUGUUUUAUUCUUCUUGUGUCACCAAAUGUCAAGCAGGGCCUGUCAUUGGCUAAUGGACACGUGGGACAUUCCCACCACCUUGCGCUGAACCCUGAAUUAAGUGACCAAUCAGGAAGAGGCAAAUCUCCUUCAACUAUCCAGUUGAAAGGUCCAGAAGAUUUACACGCUGCAGAGAGUCCCAUAGACAGUAUGACAGCCUCCCACAGAAAAUGCAAAACCAUUAGCUUGUUAGCCAUAAUGAUUCUGGUUGGGGACAGCCUGCAUAAUUUUGCAGAUGGCCUAGUGCUAGGAGCAGCUUUCUCCUCUUCAUCUGAGUCGGGAGUGACCACAACAAUUGCAAUCUUGUGCCAUGAAAUUCCACACGAGAUGGGAGACUUUGCUGUGCUUUUAAGCUCUGGACUCUCUAUUAAGACUGCCAUUCUGAUGAAUUUUAUAAGUGCUCUAACUGCCUUCGUAGGACUAUACAUUGGCCUCUCAGUGUCCACUGAUCCAUGUGUCCAAGACUGGAUCUUAACAGUCACUGCUGGAAUGUUCUUGUAUUUAUCCCUGGUGGAAAUGCUUCCUGAAAUGACUCAUGUUCAAUCACGACGACCCUGGAUGAUGUUUCUCCUGCAGAACGUUGGAUUGAUCUUAGGUUGGCUUUCUCUCUUACUCUUGGCUAUAUAUGAACAAAACAUUAAAAUAUAAAUUAAGAUUCUCAAAAUCCUUCAAAAAUGAAGUCACAUGGUCUCAUUUCAUUUCUUUUCUUGUAUUC